AUGUCCAUAGUGACUUCUCCCUGGUCUCACUUUUCUUUUCUGCGGUUAGGAAGGAUAAACAGGGAAGUGAAAAACAAGGACACGGCUACGAUACGAGGCGCCACAAAGAUGAGUUUUUUAGGCGCACACGGUUCCUCGGGCUUUGGCAUUACAAUGGCGAUGACACCUGGCAGUUACACAACGCCUGGCAACGUGUUCGCGGGCGAAAGCACAAACGUAAAUACUGGAACUAAGCAGCGUUCUUCGGCAGACCUUACAGAGGAGGAGGUGCUUCAGUACAUUGUUGACAAUGUAAACAAGGUGUUGUCUAGGAAGUAUUCGCUGGUGGAAUUUGACGCCAUUCAGGGUGUCCCCCUGCUACAGGUCGUCAAUGACGUAUUUGGAACACUGUCACCGCCACAGCAAAUGGACUUGGAAGGAGUACCCAUUGAAGAGGCCGCGCCGCGCAUGAUGGAGUUCCUGACAAAAACUCUCGGGUACCGAAUCCCGGCGCUGAUGGCGAACAAUUUUGCGAGUGGCUUCAUGCAGGCUGAGCCGACCAUUGUGUACCCGACGCUUUACUGGGUACUCUCCAACAUGCCGCAGAAUGAGAAGCGCGUGUAUCUUGCCCGUUUUCUGCAGCGACUUGACAUUCCGGAGGCGAUGCGGGCCCAGGACGAAGAUGUGAGGGCUCUCUAUCAGCAGUAUGAGAAUCUUCGCACGAUGUUCGUUCAGACGCACCGGCGUGUUGAUGCGCUGCAGGCCGCCCACGCAAAUCCUGCAGAGGUGCGCCGAAAAGUCACCGCGCUUGAGGAGGAGCGAGACCGUCUUCAAGACUACAUUCAAGUGGCGGAGAAAAAACUCGGCGGGGUGCUGGACAAGGAGUCACUUGUGAAUGCAAGCAAGGCCCUCCGCGCGGCACUUGAGGAGGAGUCGUGGUUGGCUGAAAAACGGGUUGAGCUGCAACAGUCCCUCAUCUCGGCAGAGCAGCGGAGCACUGAGAUGCAGAACAGGCUACAGAACCUUCGCCGUGAUGCCGCGGAUGGUCGCGUGGAUGUCAUUGUGUGCCGCAUGCGAGAUGAGAUUCAGACGAACAAGAUGAUUCUCGAGAAGCAGCUGCCAAAAGAACUUGAACAGAAGCGGCGAGAGAACGACGAACUGAAUAAGCUCAUUUCUGAACCGCUUGACAUGCAGGCACUGGCGACGGAAAACCAAAAACUCGAUGAGGCGUUGAAAAAGCUUCAGCUUCAGGUAAAGGAACGCCAGAGGCCGGGCGAGGAUGGAAGCACUAUUGCAACCAUCAAACAACAGGUGGAGCGAGUGGAAAAGCGCAAGCAAGAGGUGUUAGAAACGCUCACAAGCCUUCAGGCUGACAACCGCCGCACAUUGAAUGAAAUGCGGGAUCAGGAGAAUCGUAUUAAUCAAUUACGUGAGGCGCAUCAGAUGUUGAAGGGCGAUGAGUUUCGUAUCUUUUCAAAACGAGUAUUAGCGAAGAAGGCGGCAAGUGAGGGGAUGAGGGCUAAAUUGUCCGAGCUACGUGUUGAGUGGGGUGUGCUCACCUUUACAGAAAACGUUCUCAAGGCGCAGUUUAAUGAGCUUGACGCCGAGAUUGGCAACCUUGAACAAAAGCUUGGGCUGCAUGGAUACAGCCGCACAAUGGAGGCACUUAGCAAACUGACACGUGAGAAGGACACCAUUGAAGAACUCAAGGGCAAAACACUUGAGGAGCUUUCACACGUUGUACAAGACUUUACCAUGGCAAUUCGUGAGCGCCGAACAAAACUUGCACCACUCAUCAAUGAGCUUCGAGACGUUCGUCAUACGGCAUCUGAGGUGGAUCAAGAAUGGGCAUCGAAAAAAUCACAUUACGAUUAUCAAGAGAGUUUGCUUAUGGAGGACAUCUUUAAGUUGGAGCGUGAUGUGCAGGCUCUUCGGGACGAAACAAACAUGAAUGAAUCUAUCUACCAUCGGCUACAGGCGCAGGGGACGUUGAUUACUGCCCAAUGGGAUCGUCUCGAGGGUGAGCGUGAGUUUGCGGAUAUUAUAAAAAGUGGUGCUGACAACCCAACGGAAGAAGAGCUUACGCAGGCCGCCGCAUCCUUAGGGCGGAGCCCGAAGUGUACAUACUGCGGCAAGGCAACUCCGACGAAUGGGUGGCUCCUGUAUCAUCUAAACAAGGAUCAUGGUAUCAAUGUUUUGGCAGAAAAGGGAUUCGAACGCGCAAUAGAAGACUUACAGAUCCGUCUGCGGGAUAUGCAGCAACGGCAGCUUGAAAUUCAAGAGAAUUAUGAAGGGAACGUUCAACAGGUGGAGUGGUUCAAUCAACUGAAGCGUAUCCUACAGGCAAAACUGCAUGCAUUACAGACGGAAAAUCCACGUGGCAGCUCGCUUGACAAAGACAUCCAACAAGUGAUGGCCACUACGGGGGCGGGCGGCAAUGGUGUGGACAUGCUGGUUUUGACGGGCAACUAG